AUGGCCGCUGCUCGGAGGAGCAGGUUCGCCAUGACAUGCGCGCUCCUGCGGCAGUACAUGAGGAAGAACCAGGGGCAGGGGCAGGGGCGGAUGGGUGACCUCGUUCGCCUGUUCCAGGCGCCACCGCCCUGGCCGGUGGCGCCCGAGGAGAACGACGACAUGACCACGAAGCUCUUCCCCGUUGGCGCUGCCAUGGUGCAGCCGCCGGCCCAGGAGAGGCCGGAGGCGAAGAAGGCGCCGUCCGUGACCAUCUUCUACGAAGUUCCUCAAGUCGACGAAGCACAGAUGAGGACGCCGUCGCUGCAUAGGUUCCUCAGGAAGAGGAAGCUCAGGAUCAGCGAAACCGACCCUGAUCACAACGAGGACAAGACACCAGCCAAGAAGCAGAAGGACGCCGCUGUCGGCGAGCCGUUCCUAGACGUGCCUGAUCCCUCGUGGCUCAGGCUCUGAAAACGGGGGACUAAUCAGCGCGCCAGCAGCCAUCUCAACCAACGAUUUCCGGCCAACCAUCCUCGCCCUCCCGACCUUUCCAUUUUUAGAAAGUUCUCAU